GUCCAAUCCUUAUCACCUUCUCUCAUCACUUCCCCAUCAAAAAGGCACGCAUGCAUGCAUACAAAUACUUCUGACUUGGGAUCCGUCAAUGGACUCAAAUAUUAUCCGAUUAUCAGCUCCGUUUAGCUACAACCAUAGCUACCUUUUCACGAAUCAAAAAUUCAAACUCCGUUUCCCUUCAAUCAGUAUCAGACUCCAAGGCAGGAAAAAUUAUCAUUCUGAUGCUAAGGAGUUCGACGAGUCGGCAUUUGAAGCUGAGAGGCUGAGACUGGACGCAAAGGCUCGAGACUCAAUGGCCCAGACUUCCAAAAGAGUGAUGGAGGCGCUUGCAGAAGAAGAAGAUGACCCCCAAGCUUGGAAAUGGGUCAUCCGUAAAAGGAUUUGGGAUUUAAUGGAAGCCCGGAAUAUUGCCCAGAAUCCCAGACCCGUUCACCAUCGGAUCCCCAACUUUAUUGGUGCACCUGCUGCUGCCAAAAAUUUGAGUGAGCUGCAGGUAUUUGGGAUGGCAAAUUGUGUGAAGGUAAACCCGGAUUCGCCUCAAAAGCAAGUCAGGUUUCUCACUCUUUCUGAUGGCAAGAAGUUGUUGACUCCUCAACCUCGUUUGAGAACCGGUUUCUUUUCGGUACUUGAAUCCUCUAGGCUAACUCCUAGUACUAUCAAUGAGGCAUGCAAUUCCCUUGGGAUUGCAAAGUAUGGAAGGCCAAUUGGAUUGGAUGAAAAGAUCAAGGUAGAUCUGAUUGUCAUUGGUUCAGUUGCUGUAGAUCCAAAGACUGGGGCUCGACUUGGCAAGGGAGAGGGAUUUGCUGAACUCGAAUAUGGCAUGCUGCAGUAUAUGGGAGCCAUUGACGAGUCAACACCAGUGGUCACCUCAGUGCAUGACUGUCAGUUGGUGGAUGAUAUUCCGGUUGAGAAACUGUUGGUCCACGAUGUCCCUGUUGACAUCAUAUGUACUCCUACUCAAGUUAUUUUUACCAAUACAGCAAUCCUGAAGCCUCAAGGGAUCUACUGGGAGAAAUUAUCUCCUGAAAAGCUGGGGCAAAUUCGGAUACUGAGAGAGCUCAAGAGCAAAAUUGAACGGGAGACUGGACAGAAGCUUCCCUGCGGUCCAUCUGAGAAAUUACCCUCCACUGCUCAAAGACGGCGCCAACGUUCAUAAAUAGCAAAAAGAUGGUAGAAGAAACAAUUCGAAACUGUGGCUUCAAUUAGAUACAUUUCGUUUUUGGGUGGUUUAAAAUCUUCAGGGUUCAAAGGGUACAUUGUGACACAAAUAUUAACUAUAAUAGGAAUAUAAAAAACCUUUGAUGAGCACUUACAGCAUUAAGUAAAUUAUUUAAAAACAUUAAAUGCUAAUAGAAGAAUUUUAGGAGCUUAAUACUAAUA